AUGUGGAUUGGACACUACGCCUCCGCCUUCAUCGCGAAAACCAUCGCACCGGGCAUCCCCCUCUCCGUCCUCGCGCUCUCCAGCAGCGCCGCGGACGCGCUCUUCUUCCUCCUCAACUUCGCCGGCCUCGAGUCGUUCAACCUCGACCAGUCGAUCGUCGCGCGCUCGGGCUGCUUCCCGUACACGAACGACUACCCGUACAGCCACUCGCUCGCGGGCAUGGGCGUCGCGGGCGCGCUCGUCGCGCUGGACGUGAAGCUGACGCCGCACGACGACGUCGCGGCGGGCGCGGGGUGGUUUGACUCGCCCGCGACGGAUUCCCUGUGGUUCUACACGCGUUUCGCGCCCAAGGCGCAGUUCUGCUUCACGGCGGCGCCGACGCAGGAGGCGCGCUGGGUGCAUGCGCCGCUGUUCUUGAGCAUGAUACUGGGGAGCAGCUACCUGUUGGGAAAGCUUGAGAGUUAAUGUAGUGGGUGACAGUAACUUGAAAUGAAUGAUGGUGUAUUGUAGUAAUGUCUCAUGAAAUUGUUUUGUCUCCGGAGAUGUGAGCUUGCCGGCAAUUACUCAAGGUCAUUCACGUCAGAUCUACAGACUGAAGAAGCAGUGAACGGACCUGAAGCCAUAUCACUAGGUUUACUGUUGGGCAAUUCGACCUGACUUGGCAUGUCGCCGGCACCUGCUAAAGCCGAAUGUCCUCUCAUUGGGAUUCAGCCAGUAUGCUACCAGGCGAUUCAUAGAGUGAAUGCUGUUUGAGAGAAUCUUGUCAAAGCAGUUACGUAUACUGCACAACAGACGUACAGGAUACAAUUAAUGGCAGAUGCCCCGCCA